AUGAUAGACAGCCAAAAGAAGUGGUGGCAGCAGUGGACUGACACCAAUGUUAAACCUUUUAAUAUCAUGAGGGCCACUCACGAGCCCUACGCCUGGCCUGAGGAACAAGGGCUCAUCAACCGCCAAGACAUCAUGAGCACAAAGGAUGCCUGGGACAUACAGGAGUUCAUCACUCGCAUGUAUGUCAAGCAGCUGCUUCGACACCCGGCCUUCCAGUUCCUGCUGGCCUUGCUGCUGGUGGUCAACGCCAUCACCAUUGCUCUGCGCACCAACUCCUUCCUUGGCCAGAAACACUAUGAGUUGUUCUCUACCAUAGAUGACAUUGUGCUGACCAUCCUUAUCUGUGAGGUUCUCCUCGGCUGGCUAAAUGGCUUCUGGAUUUUCUGGAAGGACGGCUGGAACAUCCUCAACUUCCUUAUCAUCUUUAUCUUGCUCCUGGGGUUCUUCAUUAAUGAACUCAAUGUCAUCGCUAUCACCUAUACCCUCAGGGCGCUUCGUCUGGUACAUGUAUGCAUGGCGGUGGAGCCUCUAGCCCGGAUCAUCCGUGUCAUCCUGCAGUCGGUGCCUGAUAUGGCCAAUAUCAUGACCCUCAUCCUUUUCUUCAUGCUGGUGUUUUCUGUGUUUGGGGUCACCCUCUUUGGUGCGUUUCUGCCCAUGCACUUCCAGAACAUGCAGGUUGCCCUGUAUACCCUCUUCAUCUGCAUCACUCAGGAUGGUUGGGUGGACAUCUACAAUGACUUUCAGAUAGAGACAAGAGAGUAUGCAAUGGAGAUUGGGGGCGCCAUCUACUUUGCCACCUUCAUCACCAUCGGUGCCUUCAUUGGCAUCAACUUAUUGGUCGUUGUGGUGACCACGAAUCUGGAGCAAAUGAUGAAGGCAGGAGACCACGGGAAAUUGUGUCAAAUAAACUUCAAUGAGAGAGGCAGGGAGGUGGAGGAUGGAAGAAACGAGUUGCCACUGGUACACUGUGUGGUCGCCCGUUUGGAGAUGUCUGGCCUCCCUCUGGAGCCAUUUUCGGGGGGCAACCUAUCUAACCUCUCAGAAAACACCUGUGACAACUUUUGUUUGGUGCUCGAGGCAAUACAGGAGAACUUGAUGCAGUACAAGGAGAUUCGAGAUGAGCUCAACACGAUAGUGGAGGAGGUACGCUCCAUCCGCUUCAACCAGGAGCAGGAGGAGGAGCUGAUGCAAAAGCACUUGUCAUUGAACGCUUCGGUGGAGAGCGGGUCCUCCCUGGACAUCCGCGACAUGACCUGCCAGCAGGACUUGAUCACUGCGCUCAUCAAUAGGGAAAAGGUUCAGGAAUCCAACCCGAACAUACUCCUUAACAAACACAAGACUAGCCGAUGA